AUGGCUAGCCCUAAUGUUCUUACCUUUGAUGCUGAGGGGCGUGCGGUUGACUUUGACGUGUGGGUUGACGACCUACAGCUCUUUCUUCAGUGUGACUCCAAGGACGGAGUAUCCCUUUUCGAUCACACGUCUGGUGUCUCUCCUGCACCUGCUGCCACUGCUGACAGUACGGUUCGCUCGCAGUGGACCACUCGUGAGGCUGUUGCUCGCCUUGCUGUUCAUAGUCACCUGCCGUCUGCUGAGCGCGCGCACUUUGGCCAGUACAAGACUGCUAAUGACGCCCGCUACCGCGCUGCGCUUCCCACUGAGUUCUGUGCCAAGAACCCCCCCUCCAUGUACAUCACCCUCUACUACCUAGUCACCCGUCUCCCUGACUCCCUUUCUUCAGUCAGGGACCACUUUCUCUCCCUUUACCCCACCGAGCUCACCAUCGACCUGCUAGAGGAGCGCCUCACUGCAGCUGAGAAGACUUUGAGGAGGUCGGGGCUGCGUCUGCUCCUAGUGGGAGGCGCCGCAACAGCAAGGGCAAGGGGGGCAAGGGUGGUGGAGGGGACGGUGGGGGCGGCGGUGGAGGCGGUGGAGGAGGCGGAGGGGGUGGCGGUGGAGGUGGGGGUGGUGGCGGGAGUAGGGGCGUCGGUGGCGGCGGUGGGGGUGGUGGAGGCAGCGGCAGCGGCGGUGGAGGCAGCGGCAGCGGUGGUGGAGGUGGCGGCGGCGGUGGUGCUUGGUCGAGGUGGAGCCGCGCAGCGUGGAGGCUUUGGUGGUAGCCAGCUCCAGCAGCAGCCGCGUUCCCGUGAGACCCCGUCGGCCCAGCAGCUUCGUGAGUGGUACGCUGGGCGUGGGAGGUCUGGGGGUGCUGGUCCCUGCACUUACGCUCUUCGCACCGGCGGGCGCCGUGGGGAGACGUGCGGACUGCCACACACUACGCAGCGCUGCUUCGGUCGCCUGACUGACGCCUGGCGCGCCCAAUUUCCUGACGCUGUUGAGCUCCCUCGCUGGGGUGAUCUGCAUACGCAGAACGUUGCUAUCUUUGAUCUUGAUUUCGAUGCUAUCCUUGCUGCCAUGUAUGCUGUGACUGAUAGUGCUGAGGGUGACUGUUACCUGUGUGUUCCGCCCCACCUGGGCAUUGAGGCUGCUGCUCUAGGUGCUAGUGAGUCCGCUGCUCCAGGUACGAGUGAGUCUGCUGCUCCAGGUGCUGGUGAGUCUGCUCUCUUUGGUACUGCACCUACAAAGGCCUUCCACACUUUCACACUUGACUCCGGUGCUUCGCGCUCCUUCUUUCGCGACAGCACCACACUCACACCGCUCAGUCGGCCAGUCGCAGUCUCCCUGGCUGACCCCUCUGGGGGCCCGGUCCUUGCGCACUCCUCCACGGUUUUACCGUGUCCUGCGGCCCCGUCGGGCUUGCUGUCGGGACUCCACCUCCCCUCGUUGUCUACGAACUUGGUCAGUGGAGCUGACCUCCAGGACGUGUGGGUUGACCAGUUCACCCCUGGAGGUCAGCGGGUGACCCACUGCACUUGCUCUCGGACGGGCCGCCACCUGGCCACGUUCACCCGUCGGCCUGGGUCGAGUCUGUACACACUGACUACUGCGUCUCCUCCGGUCACUGCGUCUGGUCAGGUAGCCGCGUCUGGUCAGGUGUUUGCUGCCGCGUCCAGGUCUAGUCCGGCGUCUGCCCCCUGCUCGUGUCGUCCUCUGUCACACGAGACUCUCCUUUGGCACCACCGCCUUGGUCACCCCUCCCUGCCUCGUCUUCGAGGUAUGGCCUCCCGUACCCUUGUCUCUGGUCUCCCCCGGUCCCUCCCUCCCCUUCCUCCGGGGCCGGCCCCUACCUGUGUUCCUUGUGUUGAGGGCCGGCAACGCGCCGCUCCUCACUCUUCCGAGUUCCCUCCGACAGAGGCUCCCCUGCAUACUCUCCACAUGGACGUGUGGGGCCCAGCCCGCGUCCGUGGACAGGGUCACGAGCGUUACUUCCUGCUGGUCGUUGACGACUACUCGCGUUACACCACAGUCUUCCCCUUGCGCCGCAAGGACAGGGGUGGUGAGUUUUCCUCCGACCUUCUAAGGGCUUUCUGUCGUGCGGAGGGCAUCCGCCAGACGUUCACGCUUCCGGCCUCCCCACAGCAAAAUGGGAUUGCUGAGCUCCGCAUUGGCAUGGUCAUGGACGUCGCUCGUACGUCCAUGAUCCAUGCGGCUGCUCCCCAUUUUCUGUGGCCGUUCGCGGUUCAGUACGCUGCGCAUCAGAUCAACCUUCAGCCUCGUGUCUCCUUGCCGGAGACCACACCUACUCUGCGGUGGACGGGGAAGGUUGGCGAUGCGUCUGUGUUCCGUGUCUGGGGAUCUCGAGCUUUUGUCCGCGAUUCUUCCGCGGACAAGCUGUCCUCCCGUGCUGUUCCCUGCGUCUUCCUUGGCUUCCCCCCUGACGCGCCUGGGUGGCAGUUUUACCACCCCACCUCGCGUCGUGUUCUGUCCUCUCAGGACGUCACGUUUGACGAGUCGGUAGACCCUGUCGAGCCUGUCGAGGUAGCUGUCGACUCUGGUGCUGCUAGGGGUGCUGAGCCUACGGGUGCGGGGCCUGGGGGUGCUGAGCCUAGGGUUGCUGAGUCUGAGGGUGCGGAGCCUGGGGGUGCUGAGCCUGAGCGUGUGGAGCCUGGGGGUGCUGAGCCUGGGGGUGCUGAGUCUGGGGGUGCUGAGCCUGAGUGUGCUGAGUCUGGAGGUGCUCCGGGUGUCCCGUCACGGCGGGAGCCCCUCUCUCCACAGCGGCUACGUGAGUGGUACGCUCGGCGCUGUAGCCGUGCUGCUGGAGCUACGGGGCCUGCUGCUGGAGGUGCUUCUGGAGCUGGAGCUGCUGGAGGUGCUGCUGGUGCUGGAGCUGCUGGAGCCGCUGGUCCUGGAGGUGCUCGUACUGGAGGUACUGGCGCUGCUGGAGGUCCUGCUGGUGUUGGAGCUGCUGGAGGUGCUGGAGCCGCUGGUCCCGGAGGUGCUCGUACUGGAGGUACUGGAGCUGCUGGUGCUGGUGGUGCUGCAGGAGUUGGAGCUGGAGGUGCUGGAGCUGUUGCUGCUGGAGGUGCUGCUGGAGCUGGAGCUGCUGGAGGUGCUGCAGUUGGUGGUGCUGCGGGAGUUGUAGCUGGAGACCCUGGAGCUGCGGGUACUGGUGCUGUCUCUGCUGUUUCUGGAGGCGCUGCGCGGCCGCGGCCGUACUACGUUCCACUCCUUCAGCAGGUACUUGGCCUCCCGCAUUCUACUGGUCCUUCUCCUCCCCUACUGAGUCCGCCGCCUGUCCAGUCGCAGUCGCAGUUACAGCCAGCCUCUACACUACCUGGUCCUUCUCCUUACUCUGGACCGACUAGAGGUCUUACGGAGCGUCGUGAGCCUGAGUCUCGUCCUGCGUCGCCUGAGUCUCGUCCUGAGUCGCCUGUUCGCGCUGUUCGCACUGGUCGUCGUGUUCCGCAUGAGCGUCCUCUUCCUUCCACUGCUCCACUGCGUGUCCCUCUGCCGUCUCCUCCUGUGUCCUCUCUUCCUGACGGUCCGGACCCGGAGUCUGACUCCCUUCGUGCUGCUAGUCCUACUGUCACGCGUUUCCUGGCCACUGUUGUCACUGACCCUUCGUUUGAGUCCACUGUUGCGUCUGCUCUAGUUGCUGAGCUUGUUGACUUUGCUGCCGCCUGUCGUCUCGACUACGCCGCUAGUCUUGUUGCUGAGUCUGAGUCUGAGUCUUUCUGUCCUCCGUCCGUCGGUGGUGAGUGUGCUCUUGGCACGGACGUCCUUGAGGACAGACAGGAGGAGUUUGAGUGCUUCGCCGCUGCUUUACCUCAUCUCGUGUCCAUGCUGCUUGCCCCUGAGGGAGACCCGGAUGCACCAGACAUCCCGACCCCGCGCUCUUACGCAGAGGCGAUAGAGGGUCCCUACUCCUCUCAGUGGCAGACAGCCAUGGACACAGAGAUGGCUUCCUGGAAGUCCACAGGCACCUACGUCGACGAGGUUCCCCCGCCUGGGGCGAACAUCGUCAGUGGCAUGUGGAUUUUCAGGGUGAAGCGGCCGCCGGGUUCUCCGCCUGUCUUCAAGGCGCGUUACGUUGCACGAGGCUUCAGACAGCGAGAGGGAGUUGAAUUCUUCCAGACCUUCUCCCCUACCCCGAAGAUGACCACUCUUCGGGGCAGCCUGCACGAGGAGAUCUGGCUGCGCCGCCCACCUGGCUUCACUGGGUCGUUUCCUGCUGGUACCCAGUGGAGCCUCCGGCGGCCAGUCUACGGUCUCCGCCAGGCACCCCGUGAGUGGCACGACACACUGAGGACGACUCUUGCUGCUCUUGGGUUUGCUCCUUCUACUGCCGACCCGUCGUUGUUUCUACGCACCGACACCACUCUGCCGCCGUUCUACGUUCUCGUGUAUGUAGACGACCUGGUCUUUGCUACUGCUGACACUGAGGGACUCGCCCACGUGAAGUCGGAGCUGCAGAAGAGACACACGUGCACAGACCUGGGUGAGCUGACAAGCUAUCUUGGCUUGCGGAUCACCCGGGACAGAGCACAGCGCAUCAUUACCUUGACUCGGUCACACAUGGUGCAGCAGGUCCUUCAGCGCUUCCGCUUCACGUACUCCUCGCCACAGUCCACUCCUCUGCCUACCGGUCACUCGCUCUCAGCUCCACCUUCGGACGAGUCCGUAGAGCCGAGUGGCCCGUAUCCAGAGCUUGUGGGCUGCCUCAUGUACCUGAUGACCUGCACUCGACCUGACCUUGCCUACCCUCUUAACAUUCUAGCACGCUAUGUCGCUCCUGGCAGACACAGGAAGGAGCACAUGGAUGCCGCUAAGAAGGUGUUGCGCUACUUGUGCCGUACGUCGGGCAUGGGGCUUGUGCUUGGAGGACGGGCUCGAGUUGUCCUCACUGGUCACGCAGACGCUUCCUGGGCUGACGACUUGGCUACGCAGCGGUCGUCACAGGGUUACACCUUCAGCCUUGGCUCCGGCUCUGUUUCUUGGCGGUCUACCCGCUCGUCUUCUGUUCUCAGCUCCAGUUGUGAGGCUGAGAUCUACGCAGGGGCCAUGGCUGCACAGGAGUUACGCUGGCUCACCUACCUGCUGACCGACCUGGGAGAGCCGCCUCGUUCUCCUCCAGUGCUGUACGUCGACAACAAGGCCAUGAUUGCCUUGUGUCAGGAGCACAGACUGGAGCACAAAACGAAGCACAUCGCUCUGCGCUACUUCCUUGCUCGAGAGUUGCAGCAGCGUGGUCAGCUUCAUCUUGCUUACGUGGCCACUCGGGCCAACACUGCUGAUGUCUUCACCAAGGCACUUCAGCCUUGUGAUCAUCAGCGUUUCUGUACUGUUCUAGGCCUUGUGCCUACUGUGCCUCACUUGCUUACUUCUUGA